AUGACCACUUCGCUCGCCUCGCAGCUGGCUGGGCUUGCGGCGCAGCAGGCGUCGCGCCAAGAAGGCGCGACGUCGCUGCGUGUGCGUGAGUCGUAUCUAUUUACACCCCGUGCUGCUGCCGAGCAGGACUUUGUCACGGUGCAUGCGCUCGGCGUGACGGGCUGGGAGCAGCUCGUGAACGAAGAUGCGUCGCUCGGUGCGUGGCGCCAUGCGGACCUGCUGUUUGGCGAGGAGAGUGUGCACCUCGACCGCGGGACGGUGCCUGCGUCGGAGAACAAGACGAUCGACGAGGCGAGCGAGGAGCUGCUCUACCUCCUCGGCCCGGUGCUCCUCUCGCGCAGCGCCGCCAAGGUCAUCGAGUGGUUGGUGCGCCGCUUUGCGCUCCACCGCCAUGUGCCGGUGGCGCUCGUGCGCGCAUUCCUGCCGUUUCACACCACACCGCAGUUUGCACGCAUCCUGCAGCUCGUGCCGCUCGACCGCGUGCCAAGCCUGCACUUUCUCCAGGCCGCCAAAAAGGCCCAGACGCCGCUGCCCACCUCGGUGCUCGUGCAGGCGAUGGGCAACCUGGACGUGCUGCGCCUCGUUGCGCAGACGCGCACGCCGCUCCCGGGCGUGCACCGCUUCCCGGUGACGUUUUGGACCGCAACGCUUGUGCAGUUCUGCCUGCACGCCAAGCGCCGCAAGCGCGCGGGCGACGCGCAGGCCGUGCUCGCAAUCCUCCUCCCGGACGCCAUGCGCCUCCUCCAGGCGCCGGUCGACACCGAGGCCGCCGUCGGCGCGCUAAUGGUCCUCUGCUCGAUCAGCACGGCCUAUGCGCUGAGCGCAAACGCGGUGCGUGGCCUGCUCGAGGGCGUCGCGCGCCUCGCAGACACGCCGUCCCCGACGCUGGCACGCGCCAUGGUCGCGUGCUGCUUUGCCCUGUGCGCCUCGCCAGAGGACGCGGGCGAGGCGUUUGCGUCCGAGCCGCGCCUCCUCUCGGACGCCACGCUCCGCGGCCUCCUCCAGCUCCCGGAGCUCGGCGCACAGGUGCUGCGUGCGCUGCGUGAGCACGACGUGCGCCGCUUUGUCGCGCAGCUGCUCGCGGCACUCAGCGACCACCUCGACCAGGACGACGCACGCGCGCUCCUCGAGGUGCUCCUCGACGCCGAGCUCCCCGAGGGCCUCGUCCAGUCCACGUGCGAGCGCCUGAUUACGAGCGACAAGACGUGGGUACCCAAGAUCGAGGUGCUCGCGACGCUGCGCCAGCGCCGCCCCGCCGCGCUGGACGCGGCGCUGGACCGCGUUCGCGCGGCGAACGAAGGCAAGGCCUGGGCGGUGCUCAGCGCCGUGCUGCACCACCACGCCACCGGCAGCGUCCCGCAGCAGAGCGCCACGGACAGCACCGCGCUGUGGCUCGGCGUGCAGAGUGGCGACGCGACGCAGCGCCUGCUCACGCUCCAGGAGCUCUUUGCGGCGGUGCGCCGCGGCGCGGUGCGCGCCGAGGACACGCUCGUCGCCGACGCGGUGCAUGCCGCGCUCGCCGAGCCGACGCUGCCGAUCCUCGAGGCAAUGUACGCCGAGGACGAGCUGCUGCGUGCGGCGCUCGCGCCGGAUGCGCUCCUGUCGGCGAUCGUCGCGCGCCUCGCGCACGAAGUCGCCCCGAAAGAGUACAAGCUGCAUGUGCGCUUCUGCGUCGCGCUCGGCGACACCACGCCCGCGCUCGCGGCGCGCGUCUGGGAGGCGGUCGUCUGGCCGUUCCUCCUGCCGAGCCCCCACGCCAAGAUGGCCGCGCCGGCGGUCGACGCGGUGCGCGGCGCCACCGGCGCCCUGGCGCCGUACGCGCGCGUGCUGCGCGACGUGCCGCCGCCGUCCGAGUGCGUUCCGUACGUUGCGGGCCUCGUCGCGGGCCUGCUCGAGGUGCUCGCCUCGGCGCCGGCGGCCGAGCAGGAGCGCCUCGCGGCCUUUUACCUGAGCGCCGCCGAGGCGCCGGUGAGCCGCGGCGGCGCGCUCGCCCUGCUCGUCCUUGCCCAGGCGCUCGCGCACAAGUCGCUGGGCGCGCUGUGGCACAGCGUGGCGUUCCUCAGCGCCGCGCUCGUGCGCCGCCACCAGCUGCUGGCGGGCGACGCGGACAUUCUCUUGAGCGAGAGUGUCGAGGCGGUGCUCCCGCCCGUGCUGCACGGCCUCUCGCGCCGGAGCGUGCGCCUGCUGGGUCUGCAGCUCAUGUACGCGAUUGUGCAGCGCAUGCCGGUGCCUGGCGACGCGUCCCUCUUUAUUGCCGUGCAGCAGCGUGCUGCGCCGGACGCGCAGCUCAUCUGGCACGUCUUCCAGACGCUGCAUGCGCCUGGUGUCGGGCACGUCGCGAGCGAGACGCUCGCGCCGGUGCUGUACGCGCGCCUCGGCCAAGAGGCGCUCGCGCUCCUCGCCGGUAUCUGGUCGAUGGAGUCGGCGCCCGGCAAGGACGUUGGCACGCUGCGUGCCGCGCUCGACGCGCAGACCUCGGUGUACGUGCCAGGGAGCGACGUGGCCGAGCGCCUGCUUGCGGUGCGCCACGCCACGGCGCUCGUGCGCCACGCGACGCACAAAAAGACGCCGCUCGACCUGCAGACGCUUUUGCCGAGCCUCUUUCUCCUGCUGCAAGAGCCCGUGCCGGUGCUCAGGGAUGCCGGCGCGCAGCUCCUCGUGGCGCUUGCGGCGCUGAACGCCGCGGCGCCCCUCCCUGCGCCGAUCUACGGCUACGAGGCGGUGUACGGCGCGGAGGCGUCGGCGCCGCUGCAGUACCUCGACGGCGACUCGUACAUGCAGUACGUGUCGGCGCUCGCGGCCGACGCGUCGACGUACGUCAACGACCCCGACUCGCUCGCGGCCGCGCACGCCGUGGCGCUCGCUGGGUCGAAAAAGGACCAGGUGGUGCUGCGCAACCGCGUGCUGUGCUACGUGCUGAGCCACGCCGUGUGCUGGGACUCGCUCCACGCACGCACGGCGCUCCUGCGUGCGGUGCACCGCGUCGCGGCGCCGUGCAAGCUGCAGACGCUGCUGCCGCUCGUCGAGGCGUCGGUCGCCGCGCCGCUGCCCGCCGAGCCCCGGCGCGACACGUACCUCGACCUGCUCUUUGCGUGCUACGAAGGCGGCUCGAUCGAGCGCAGCUCCUGGGCGGCGUUCCUCCAGGCGCUCCAGAGCGACGCGCCGAGCGGCCUGCAGACCGCUGCGCUCCAUGCGCUCGACCGCAUCUUUCUUGCGCUCACGCCCGAGCUGCGUGAAGAGGCGUUCCUUGCGCUGGCCACGACGCUCGCCAACCCCAAGAUCCGCGGCACGCCCGAGGCGGCGGCGGCGCUGCGCACGCUGCCCGUGUCCGAUGGUGUGCUGGUCGCCGUGCUGCGUACGCUCCUUGCGUCGCUGGGCGAGGUCGACGAGGAGCGCAGCCGCAAGCGUGCGCGCUCCGACGACGAGGCGGUGCGCGGUGCGGCGGUCGUCCUGAUCACGGUGCUGGAGAGCGUGCAGAGCCGCACGCUCGGCAUGAGCGCGGCGCUUGUCGCGGCGCUCUUUGACGUGGUGCGCGCCGGGAUCGCGCUGCACACCACGGUCCUCUUUAACGCGGAGUAUGUCCUGCAGCUCGCGAUGCAGAGCCUGUGUGCCAUGUUUGACCACGUCACGUCGCUCCCUGCGGACGUUGCGCAGGUCGUGCGUGCGGACACGAUCGUGAGCGCGAUCAAGAUCUCGAGCAACACGCAGAGCAUCAACCACGCGAUCCUCCUCCUGACGCGCUUUGCGCGCCUCGACGCGGAGCUGGUGCUGCACAACAUCAUGCCGAUCUUUACGUUUGUCGGCCUGUCGGUGCUGCAGCGCGACGACCGCUUCACCCUGUCGGUGGUCGAGCAGACGCUGCGCAGCAUCAUCCCCGCGUUUGUCAACGCGGUGCGCCCGCAGGUCGUCAAUGCGCAGGACGCGCGCCUCGCGCUCUGGCUCGAGACGCGCUCGCUCCUGCGCAUCUUUUCGGACGCCGCAUCGCACAUUCCCCGCCACCGCCGCCAGGUCUUUUUCCGGCUGCUGGUCGACGUGCUCGGCGCGCCCGACUUUCUCGCGCCAGUCGCGAUGCUCCUCGCGGACCGCGCGGCGCACCGCGUGGGCAAGUCGGUGGGCAGCGCCGCGUCGCUGCUCCAGCUCCCGCUCGGUGUGCUGCGCUCCGAGCCAAGCGACGUGCGCCUCCAUGCCAUCGACCAGAUCUGGCCGGAAAUCCAGCGGCUGUACCAGGGCCACGCGGCCUUCCUCGAGGUCACGCCCAAGCGCGAGUACUCGGAGGAGCACCUGUCGCCCGCCAAGCAGGCACUCACGCUCCUCGCCCUGAUCGAGCACGCGCUGCCGAGCCAGGCGGCGGACGCGGAGCCGUGCGUGUGGCACGCGCUCUGCACGCUCCCCGCCGACGGCCCCGGCCGCGAGGCGCUGGCGCGCGUGCUCAAGGCGUCGGUGCGCCUCUUGUCCGACGCGUCGUUCCUGCGCAUCGUGUGCAUGCUCCUCCGCGCGGAGCGCACGCCCCCGCCGGGCUGCAAUGGCGCCGUGCCGGGCGCCGUGCCCGACGCCGAGAUGCAGGCGACGGGCCUUGCGCUCCUCGCCGCGCGGCCCGUGUCGGACGAGGCGGUGCACCGCGCGCUACUCGACGUGUGGGCCGCCGCGCCGGCCAGCGACCUCGGCAAGGACGCGCUCGCGGCGCUGCACGCGAGCAUCGCCCAGGGUGCGUCGCCCGACCUGCUGCCGCCGCUGCUCACCGCGUGCGACUCGCCGCAGGUGCUCCGCGUGCUCGGCGACCUGGUCGGCCACCUCGGCGUCAAGGCGCUCGCGCACCUCACGACGCUGGUGCACGCUGCGGCGGACGCCGCGCAGCGCAGCGAUGCGGCGCACGUCGCCGCGGGCCUUGCGCUCCUUGCGUCGCUCUUCCGCGCGCUGCCGCAGUUUAUGCAUGCGUACGUCGAAAAGGCCGUGCGUGUACUGAGCGACGGAUCGGUGCAUGCCCUAAUCAAGGGCCGCGCGAGCGGCGUGCGCGCCGCGCACCGUAUCCUGCAGGACGUGGUCGUGAAGCGCAUGCCGUUUGGCACGCUCCUCGACGCGCUCAACGGCGUGUGGGCCGAGUCGUACGAGCCCGCGCACCUCUUGACCCUCCUGCAGCUCGGCGUAAAGGGGAUGGACAAGGCCGCGGUGCAGCAGCACUACAAGGCCGUCUUUCGCUUCCUCCUGCGCGCGUUUGCGCUGCAGGAAAAGAGGGGCGUCGACGCAUCGAUCGCCACCGCGCCCGAGCGCGCGAUUGGCGUGUACAUUGCGCUGGCGCUCAAGCUGAGCGAGUCGCAGUUCCGCCCGCUCUUUUUGCGCACCUAUGACUGGGCCGCGGUCGACCUGCUCGAGGAGGGCGAGCCGGAGCAGGGUGCAGUGUACGCGCGCGCACUCGUGCUGUACACGCUCCUCACGCGCCUCCUCGACGAGCUGAAAGGCAUGGUCUCGGCGUACUUUGCGGUGGUCUACGACCACGUGCUUCGUCUCCUGGACCAGAGCGCGGCGGACGAGACGUGCGCGACGCCGCUCUGGUACGCGGUCGUGCACAGCGUCACGGCGUGUGCGGACGCAGACGAAGGCACGUUCUGGAACGCGUCGCGCGCCGCGCGCCUCGUCAAGCCGCUCCUGGCCCAGCUGCCGGCGAUCGGCGCGGAGGACGCCAAGGCGACGAACGCGGUCGCCAAGGCCGCGCUCGCUGUCGCCGAGACCGUGCCGGACGACGUGUACCUGCGCGCGCUCAACACCGAGGUGAUGAAGCACGCGGGCAGCGCGUCGCUCGCAGUGCGCGUCCACGCCCUGCAUGUCGCCGCCUCGGUCUGGGCGGCGCACGGCGUGAACCUGCUGGCCUUUGUGCCCGAGACCGUCGCGCAGCUCUCCGAGCUCCUCGACGACGUCGAUCCCCGCGCAGCCUCGGCCGCGCUCAAGCUCCGCCGCGAAAUCGAGGCGGCGCUCGGCGAGCCGCUCGACUCGUACCUCGAGUAG